CACGCCAUACCCUUCUUCCUCUCUUUGUCUAUUAUUGUAUUCAUCUCUCUAUGAACUCCACUUCAUAAUUUAUUUCCUCCUCCCUUAAUUGUUUCUUGAGAAAUCUAUGCCUCCAGAAUCACAGAGAAUGCAGGGGAAUCGGGUCACAGAGGUACAGGUCCGGAUGGACUGUAAUGGAUGCGUUCAGAAAAUCAAGAAGGCCUUGCAUGGAGUUCAUGGAAUCUCUGAGCUCUACAUUGAUGUUCCUGGACAAAAACUUACCUUAAUUGGAAAUGCAGACCCUGGAUUGAUAGUGAAGGCAAUUAAGAAGAUAAGAAAAAGUGCAAUUAUAUGUUCCCAUACAGAGCUACCAGACGAGGAACCAUCUAAGCCACCGGAGGAGCAACCCCCUGAGGAGGAGGGCGGUGGUGGAGCACCACCGUCCACCGCCGAGCCUAUUAAGCCUCCUUCAGAAGAGCCACACAAAGAUACGCCACCGCCGCCGCCACACGAGAUUAAUCAACCACCAGAGGAAAUCCCAUCACCAGAAGCUGCCCCAAAGAUGACCAGAAUACCUUCAAAUGAUAUGAAAGAUGUUCAUCAAAGAGUCCACCGUUAUCCAUCGGCCUAUUACCGUUAUGGUUAUGGUGAUGGACCGCCUCAAUGGAGCCAUUAUCAACCCUCCGGCAGUAUGGGGUUCCGACGCCAACCGCCUCCCACCGAUCUAGGGUUCCAAUUUGAGCCGCCACCGCCUCCGCAGAAUAACGGUUCAAGGCUCGUAUACGAACCGCCGCCACGGCCAAACAGUUCAAGGUUUAGAUAUGAGUCUCCAUCUCCGCCUCGGGAUAGUUCAAGAACCCGCCAAGAAGCACCACCACCACCGUUGCCACCCCGCAACCCAACAUUCAAACAUGACCAUGGACGCGAACCGCCCUACGAUUCAGACUUGAAAUGUGAUUCGAAUUUGACCCGAAGUUGUUCUUGGAUCAAACAAGAACCUCCUCCGCCCCUGGGUAGUAGUUCAAGACUCGAGAGGCAAGAGCCAAUGCCACGUGGUGGCCGCGGUGUGAACUGGGUUUUGGCAAGGGCUAAAUCCGUUCUUGGUGGGGGUGGGGGUUUAUCAUCGAGUUCUGAGCUCGCUGUUCUCGGUAGUGGUGGGAUGUUAGGUUUUCUUGGGUUUGUAGAUCAACCUAUACCCGUGUUGUACCAAGAUGGUUUGGAUUUCAGACAUAGACAAGAACCACCAUCACCACCAUCUUACACUUUGGAGUUCAACCCACCUCCGCACCAAAGCCUUUCGGGGUUCAUGCAACCUGUAUAUGUCUCGCAUAGCUACAAUGCGUACAAGCCAUCGCCAUACGUCACGGGAUAUGAGUUUGCCCCACCGCCACCUCCAAGGGCUAUGUAUCACCGUAGGGCUGAUCCUUACGCAGAGGGCAUGUACCGUACACCGAGGCCAUAUGCAGGUUAUGAUUACUCCGAGGACAGUCACAAUGGGAAUAAUAGCAAUGCGAACAUCUCCUCAAUGUUCAGCGAAGAAAAUCCAAAUGCAUGCGCAAUAUCAUAAGGAUUGACAACACAAUUUGCUCAAAUUUCAAAGAAUCUUGUGAAGUUUGUGAAAGAGGUGAUCAGGAUUGGGAUUACCAGGCAUAGGGAACUUAUUCUUCACUCCACUUUGCCUUUACAGAAAUGGAUGCCCACCAGACCAUUCAUUUCUUGUGUGACACUUUAUUCUUGGAUUAGAUUCUGCAGCUGAAAUCUUCUGGCACAAGGCCACCUUUUGCCAAUAAUAAAACUAAUAGAGAACAUAUGUACCAUUGAGCUUUUAUAAAGACUAUUUAUACAUUUAUUCUGCUAAGUGUUAUGGGAAAGAAAGCUGGAAUCCUCAU